AUGCAGGUCUUCUUGCAAAGGAUACCGCAACCUAUGGGCUAUACCUAUAAAGAUUAUGCAAAAUUGCAAGACGUCUAUGAAGAACCUAUCUCGUACAGGUUUUUUGAUAGUCCAAGAAGCUUGACAUCUCACUUGUUUGCAAAAGCAGAAAAUGAGGCUGUAGCAGCUGCACAGGAGCAUGGUUACGCUCUGCCAGUUCGGACAAAUGACCUAGUCGGACACUUCUCACCACGCUUACGCGCCUCCACUCCCAUCAACAAAAAUGCCUACCUCAAGACUCCCACAAGCUUCCAAUCAGGAAGGAAAGAUUCUUUUGGCUCUUCAAGCAUAUAA